CAUCACGUAGGCACUUGACAUCAGAUGAAGACAGUUAUGUAACAUCUAUAUGACUCUCCUUCCAAAUGAUAUACCAUGAGAAGGUUUAUGUAAUACAAAACCGAAAAGAAUACAUGUGUGAUAAUAUGUUUUGACGAUCUUUGUUUUUUUAGUUUUAAAAAAUAAAAAUGGAUGCUAUAACAAAGCUGCAAGAUUUUUACAACAAAGUGGAUUUAAUGAGUGAUCCACGAACAAAUAAUUGGUUAUUUGUCACAAGCCCUAUUCCCACAUACUCUCUAUCUUUAUUUUACAUAUUAUUCUCGUGGAAAAUUGGUCCUGCUUUAAUGAGGAAAAGACAGCCGAUGCAACUUAAACAUUCUUUAAUUAUAUACAACAUUGCAAUGACAUACUUAAACUUUCAUAUAUUUAAAGAGUUAUUACUUGGAAUGAUAGAAGCUGGAUAUUCUUUCCCAUGUCAACCAUAUGAUCAAAGUACUGCAGCUCCUCAUAUCCGAAUUGCGGCAGGAAUUUGGUGGUACUAUGUUUCAAAGUUAAUUGAAUUUAUAGACACAUUAUUCUUUAUCUUACGGAAGAAAGAUAGCCAUAUCUCAUUUUUGCAUGUGUAUCAUCAUUCUACAAUGCCUUUGUUGUGGUGGAUUGGAACAAAGUGGGUACCAGGUGGUCAAUCUGCUCCUGCUGCUCUUAUCAACGCUUUCAUUCACAUCAUAAUGUAUUCCUACUAUGGACUAGCUGCAUUGGGACCAGCUUAUCAAAAAUAUCUAUGGUGGAAAAAGUAUCUUACUCAAAUGCAAUUGAUCCAGUUUUGUAUUGCGUUAACGGUAGCUGUAUAUUCCCUCGCCACUGGAUGUGACUUUCCACAAUGGAUGAGCUGGGCGCUUAUCUUGUACAUGAUCUCAUUCUUAAUCUUGUUUGGUAAUUUCUACUUACAAGCUUAUAUUAAAAGAUCAGCCAAACGUCACAAAAAAAGUGAAGAGGUUGUGAAGAAUGGCACAACGAAAUGCGAAAAUAAUGGUAAGGUUAAUAAAACCACCAAUGGUGUUGCUUCUGGAAACCAUUACGAUUUACGGCGCCGAGAAGAUAAAAAAGAAAGUUAAAGAUUGUAGGUACUUUUAUAAGCAGGACGGCUAAAGUAAAUACUCAGUAUAUUUACAGAUGCGUUAGUAUAUUUUUCCUAUUUUCAUCUUUUAUAACGCAGCAACAUUUUUUCGGAGAACUUAUAUUUGUAUUUUGUACUCUGGCGAGUUUUUUUACGACGGAUCCUGAUUAAAUAUAAAUUGUAAAGCCUCUAUUUGUCAAACAAGUUGAUUUUUUAGCGGAAUUAUGAAGAGCGAGUUUUUAACUUGUUUGUUCAGUUUUAUAACUUUUGUUACUUUUUUAUAUUUGUUGUUGUCUCGUUUAUCCGUCUUUUAUCAUCAUAGUGAUGCAACUUAAAUCCAUAGAGUUAAAAUUUAUUCAGUGCCAUAGAAUUUAGUGACUGCCAGGAUCAAAAAAGAUUUUGAAAAUUAGCACCUCUAGAUUGCCGGAAAACUUAUUGAAAUCCAACGAAAUUGUUUUCAUAUCAAAGCUAUUAAAGUAAGUAAAAAAACAGCUAAAAAUUUGUUGGGGUACUCUCAUCUCCGGGUUGUCCUUCCUUUUAUUACUCUUUCUUGCAAAAAUUUCCGCCCAUUGCAAAUCAUAUCCAAAUAAUUUGUCGUUGAAACAACAAAUUCAGUGCAAUGGGUGGGUGUUAAAUAGGAGAAGAAAACAAAUUUGUUAAUUCGUAUCCCCUCUCCGGCACUGUUACUUCAUUCACCCAACUAUCACAUGCGUAUUGUUUGUAGUGUUACAUAUACAUUGUGUUGCAUGCAUCAUUUGCGGUUAUAUACAUAGUGCUGCAUACAUCAUAUAGUGUUAUAAACAAUAGUGUUGCAUACAUCAUAUAGUAUUACGUACGUGGCGCGACAUACAUCAUAUGGUGCUGCGUACUUUGUUUUUAUGUCAUAUAAAUGUUUAUGUUCGUUUACACAGCCUUAAGGCUGCACGUAAAGUGUCGUUUAUAUUUUAAAGUAUAUGAAAUGUAAGAUGUUUUUAAUGUAGUUUUUUCGUAGAAUUUUUUGAUUUUGAAACAUAUAAUAUUAUAUAUCAGAUUACAUUAUGAGAUUGAAAGCAA